UUUAUAUCAGGCACACAAACGAUUACAUCAUUCUGCAGAUCAAUAUGACGAUGCGUGGUAAACAUAACUUGGGUGUUAGCAUUGGUAUUUUAUCUUUAAAAGCGAUGUUAUAUGUUAAUUGAAUAAGCUUUUAUAAGAUAAAAUUCAAAAUAGUAAUAAAAACGUAGAGCUGCUUUGGGCUUUCCUGCCGAUCUGCUGUGUAAGGCAGUGGAGAUAGAUUUCUGAUAAACGAUGCACCAUUAAAGUUUUAAUAAAUUUUUUUAACUCGUUAUAUCAAUGGAAACACAAGCUAACUUUUCUGCAACGUACAGGGCUCUUGAAUUUUUGCGACGAUGUCGACAACGUUUUCGAAGAGGGGAGCAGAAUAUGACUGCUCAAACUGCAGAAACGACUCAGAGGAAGAAGUCGGCCAGAAAGAAAAGCAGUCGAAGAAAAUCGAAAGCGUCUCUACCUCGGCAAUCCAGCAAUGCCCCUUCUGUAACUUUCGGAGAAGAACAGCAAAAUCGCUAUAUGACCGCUCAGGGAGAAAUAGCAUUUUGGAAAAAUUUUGCUUAUGAAACUCCAGGUAGACCUUUCAUUCGUGUAACACAUGAUAUUAAUAUGGAAGAUGUAGCUAAUGUGAUGAUGAAAGAUUGGCAAAUUGGAAAUCCUCGAAUAGUUCUUGUCGUGAUAUCAAAUGUUGUGUCAUUAGAAGGUUGGAAAAACAGUAAACAAUUGGAUAAUUUCAAAAAAGGCCUAAUUAAAGCAGCUAAUUCUACUGAUCUUUGGAUAUUUACUCAUGGCACUAAUAUUGGAAUUGUGAAAACUAUUGGUGAUGCAGUCCAGGAAGAAUUACUCCGUAGACAAGCACUUAAAUGUCAUAAACAUCCACAUCAAACACAGUUACAUUUACCGCCAUUGAGAUUAGUAGGAAUUGCAAGAGAAGAUCUGUUGACAUACAGUGAUUUACUGGAUGGCAGGAGUAAUCGUGUUGAGAUAGAAAAUGAAGGAAAUGUUCCAAGUGAAGGAAAGUUUGAAUUAAAUGCUGAUCAUUCACAUUAUAUAAUUGUUAAAGACAGUACAAUUAAUAAAACAGGAAUAAAUUAUUUUUUGUUACGUUUGGAACAAUAUCUAGUUGCUGCUGUAGAGGCUCAAAAGUCUAUUAAUGAUAAUAAAGCAGAUCCAUCAAAUCAAGAAUACUGUCUUCUUGGUACUAUAGAAAUACCUGUUGUUGCAUUGUUGAUACAAGGAGGUUACAAUUGUGCAAGAUUAGUUUUAGAUCAUUUAAAGAAAAAAUUACCUGUAGUUGUAAUUAGAGGCAGUGGAGGAUUUGCUGAUUUAUUAGCUUUUGCUUAUUAUGAAGUAGAACAGAGACCAUAUGGAAUAAUGGAUGCAGAAUAUGUAGAAAAUUUUUUGAAACCAGAUCUUUCAUCUAAAAUAGCUUAUGAAUUUCCAAUUUUCUGUGAUAAUAAUUUAGCUAGGAAUAUGUUUCGUGAUAGAAUCUUGGAUUGUGUUCGAUAUGCUCGUCAAGUGAGUGCAACUUAUUUAACCAUUUUGAAUCUUCAUAGUCACUCAUGCAAUUUACAAAAUCUUGAUGAACACAUUUUAAGAGCACUAUUCAAAUGUCAUAGAUCUGAUAAUACAAAUUGGCAUGCUAGAAUGCAGAAAGAUCUUUAUUUAACAUUAGACUGGAACAGUCCGCAUGUUGCUUUAUCUGAAGUUUUCCAAAAAGACGUAUCCCAUAAUUUUAAGGUUAGUAAAGCAGUUUUUGAACAAGCUCUAUAUCAAUCCAACAGAGAAGAUUUUAUAUCAUUAUUUCUAGAACAAGGUUUUCAAGUACAUACGUAUUUAACACCUCGUCGUUUGAAAAACCUAUUUAAAAUUGCUCAGCAUGAGGAAUUUUUCCGUUCUAUAUGCUGGGAAGGAAUACUUGGUCACGGUGCAGUUACGAAGUUAAGUAAAGACUUUCUUGAAGGUGAUCUUAAUUGGCUUCUUUAUAAAGUGACUGGAAUUGUUAAUUUUGUAAAUGGUCAGGAGCUUUCAUUGAAUGCAAUGGGAAUGUAUCCACUUGAUCCAUCAGCAGCAGAAAGAAAAGCAUUAGCAAUUCUUACACUGUGGGCUGUACUCACCAAUCGUGUUAAAUUAGCAAAAUUGUUAUGGAAACAUUCUGACCAACCUAUUCAUCUAGCAUUAAUUAUUUCAAUGAUGUAUAAUAGAUUAUUAAUCUAUAUAGAAGAAGUAAAUACUCGAACAGAAUUGGAAGGACUUAGCAAGGAAUUUGCUGAAAUGGCAACUGGAGUAUUAGAUGAAAGUUAUAAAGAGAAAACAUGUAGAACUUAUGAUGUAUUAUAUGAAGAGAGUGCUGAUUGGGCAUAUAAAACUGCAGUGGAUAUUGCAGCUGAUGCUAAGAAUCGCACAUUUUUAUCGCAUCCUUCCUGUCAGAAAUGGCUCACUAAUAAAUUUUUAGGAAAUAUUUGUGUAAGAGAUUUAACAUGGGGAGUUAUCACAAUACCUGUUUGGUUAAAGAUAAUACUUAGUGCGUUUUUGAUUGUUCCAAUGUAUAUUUGGAUUAGAUUUAAGUCUGAUCCUAUAUUUGCAGAUGAUGAUGAUGAAUCAGAAUAUGAUUCUGAUGAAGAGAAAGAUGAAAGAGAUGGUGAUGAAGCAAUAUUAUUAGAUAACAAAAGAAAUACAUUAACAAAGAAAAAUAGCGUAAGAGAGGAUCCACGUACAGCUAAAACGAAAUCUCCACAUCCAAUUAAACAGUUUGACACUGAUAUGUUUGUGUAUUACCGUCCAAAUAUAUUUAAAAUGAUCUAUCUCAUGUGGAGUGCACCAAUUACAAAAUUCUGGACCUUUCAAGUGUUUUACAUCAUUUAUCUUGCAAUAUUUAGUUUAGCAGUGAUGUGGCCUUCUUGUGGAAAUCAAUAUCUAGAUAUUGCAGUAUGCACUUGGACAACUUUAAUUCUUAUUGAGUCCAUCCAUCGAACUUUCGUAUUACAUAAAAAAUAUACAAGUAUUCCACUGUUUUUAAAAUGUGUAGAAAUAAUACUAAUUAUAAUCUUCAUAUUCCUGUAUAUUGUUAGCCGUAUUGUAAAAAUUGGAUUAUUUCUUGAUCCUUACAAUGGAAGAGUAUUAUUAUGUUGCGGUCUUCUUUAUUUUUAUUAUCGUAUUAUUGCAAUUUAUUUACCUAUAUCACCUACAUUAGGUCCUUUGUUAUUUAGAGUGAGAUUAAUGGUUUUUGAAGAUUUUGUGAAUUUUAUGCGUAUGGUGUUAUUAAUUAUUAUCAGCGGAGGAAUAGUUAUACAUGCUGUUUUAUAUCCUGAUUUUCCACUUAGUUUAGAAUUAUUUAGAAGAACUUUUCAUAAGGCUUGGUUUUCUCUGUUUAUGACUCCAAUUAGUGAUUUACAAGAGAGACAGGGUUGUCAUAAAUGGCACUCAUUCAAUGCCAGUGACCAAUGUAGAGCUGGAAAAUAUGAUGAUGAUACCUGUCCAAAUAUUGGAUUAUGGCCUUAUAUAUUUACUAUUCAAUAUUUUGUUUUGUUAAAGUUAAUUAUGAUGACUCUACUUUAUGCUCUUUUCAGUGCAACUGCUUCUAAACUUCAAACAGAAGUUGAUGCAAUUUGGAAAUUUCAAAGAUAUCAGCUGAUUGUAGAUUUUGCUGCAUGUUUAAGAUUACCUGCUCCACUUAAUGUAUUUAGUUAUGUUUUAAUAGUUUUUCAUUGGAUAAUUAAGUGCUCAACUUGUAAAAUCUGCAAGAAAGCUGAAACAACUGAUAAUCUUACAGCUCCUCCACCCAAAAACCAAAGAUUAUCAGAGAAGGAUUAUAAUUAUUGGCGUCAAUUAGCUCAGGAAUAUAGCAAGAACCAAGAUGAGAAGGAAUCAGAAAAAAACUACCAAAAAAAGCAAAUGGAAAUAAUAAGACAUAUUACCGAUGAUGUCGAUUAUCAAAAGAAAGUAUUAAGACAAUUAAAAGGGCGCUUAGGAGUUCUAGAGCGGAUGAUGGUUCAGUCACAUAUUUCCUUGGAAAAUAUCAGACACCUUGCAAAAAAGGAUAAAGAUAAAGGUAUUCACAGUCAACCUGUCCAUGUGUUGUCGCGUCACUCGCCUUAUCCUGGUACUAUGGUAAAUCGUUUCCCCGUUCCCGAAAAAUAUGUUCCGUGGGAAGUAAUGUGGAUAGAUUACGAUCCCGUGGCUUUUACUCAUCCUCGAGAAGAUUUUGUCAUCAAUCUUAGACCUCAUGUAGAUUUAGAUUUACUUUUAAUUAGAGAAAAGGAUGGUGAAGACAACCUACCAGUUUUUACGUGGAACAGUAUAUCGAUCAGUCCGGCCGGUAUCGGAAUCGAUCGACAAUCUUGGAUUAAAACAGAGGACGGAAUGCCUUUAACUUAUAAACUAGAUAGUGAAAAUGUGCCUCAAAAUCCAAGAGGAAGAACUGGCCUCAGAGGAAAAGGAUCUCUGCCACGUUGGGGACCAAAUCAUUAUAUAAUUGUAAUUAUCACAAGAUGGCAAAAAUCAAAGUACACAAUUUUUGGAGGGAAAGGAGUAGAAUUUGUUGUUAUGAGAGCAGAAAGACAUGAUCAAAUUACCCUUCCUGGGGGAUUUGUUCCUGAUGAAAACAGAUAUGAAGUUGUUCGCUCUUUGUUUAAAUCUGAAAAGAUUAAGGAUAUUUGGAAAAACCAAGCAGCAAUGAUAUCAUUUUUUAAAAGCUGUAGCAUUUCUCAAGAAGAAGAGGAUGACGAAAAUGACAUAAAAGUAGAAUUAGUAAUGCAAGGGUACAUGGACGAUCCUUGUAAUACCGAUCAAGCAUGGAGAGAAGUUGAACUUUGGCAUGUACACUAUAAUAAACAAGAAUGUAUCCAGGAGAAUUUACAGCCAUUACUAUGGUGGAGGAUAAUUAAUGACGACGUCUUCAUCAAACUACCCGCGGGACAAGCGGCCUUCCUUCAAGAGGUGACGCAACGAGUAGAGGCAAUGUUGUUGUGAAGAUCGCGUCGACCGACGCCAAAGCACAAUUUUGUACAUUUUAUUUUUUCUAUUUAUUCGACAUCGUCGAGAUAAGUAAAUUAUCGUUAAUUUAUACAUAAAUAUAAAUACCGUAUUUAUACUAUAUACGACGAAGAUUAUAAAACGUGGAAUUCGAAUCUUCCCAAAUCUCAACUCGACAAUUCAUAUAGA